AUGGCGACUGCUGACAGCGUGUACUCGGAGAUCAUCAGCUCGUUGAUGGAAGAGGUCCAGGAUGACUUUGCUGCCCAGGGAGUGGAUGCUAGCUUUGUUGCCCAGAUGGGCAUGGUACGUGUAUUUGCUGGCGAUGACGCCGUGCGCGCCGCGGAGGUGCGGGCGCCGGUGGAUGACGCCGUCGAGGAUGCCGCCGAGGCCGCGACCGGCGGCGAGCGGCCGAGCAAGAAGAAGCGCAAGUCGCUCGAUGGCGCAGCCGCGGCGCGGACAAAGGCUGCGGCGCGGGCGAUGGACACGUACGUCGAGUGGCUCGGCGAUCGGUUCGAGGAGUACCAGGCGCUGCUGGCCGAGCUGGUAGUCAAGGCCAACGCAUGCCUCAAGAUCCCGGCACUGGACAUGCUGUUCAAGCACCUCCGACGCGCGCUCAGGACGCGGCUGCCGUCUCUGUUUGCGCGCACAAGCGUGGCGCACAGCGUCGUCCCGCGGGACCUCCUCGCCCGGGUCAUCAACGCCAUCAUUGGCGCGGUUGGCGCUCCGCCGGUCCUCGCCGAUGCUGACGUCGACGCCUUUGCCUACGCCGCGCUCCUCGGCCCGCGGCUCGCACAGCCGUUUGACGAGUUCCUGCUCGGCUCCGCCGAUGACCUCCGCGCCUUUGUGCUGCAGACGCUAGCCGAGCUCCCGGACGCGCUGCUGGCGUCCGAGCCCGCCGUAGGCUUUGUCAUUGACCGGCUGCAAGCCGUCGCCGGCCUCAUUCCGGCCACCAACGACGACAUGCAGGAGUUCAUCCUCCCGGCCGUGGCGCAUGGCGGCGAGCCGGGUAAGGCUGCUGCCGGCAAGCGCAAGCGCAAGCGGUCGUCAUCGGAAGCCAAGCCGUUGCGCGGCUCGGCUGUCACCGCCAAGGACGUGCGCAAGGCGUACGAGCGGGCCUGGCGCAAAGCGGUCUCGGCGCAGGCUCUCACGCCUGCUCUCUACAAGGCCAUCCUCGAGACGUUCCCAGAGACCAUCCUUGCCAACGUGCUCAAGCCGCUGACCUGGCUCGACUUUCUGGCCCACGCCUACGAGCAGCCCGGCAUCGUCGCCGUCCUCGCCCUCUCGGGCAUGCACGAGCUCAUCACCAAGUACAACCUCGAGUACCCGCAGUUCUACGCCAAGCUCUACUCGCUCCUCACGCCAGCCGUCUUGUAUGCCAAGUACCGCGCCCGCUUCUUCAAGCUGGUGCACAAGUUCAUGCGCUCUACUUACCUCCCGCACUACCUCGUCGCCGCCUUUAUCAAGCGUCUGGCUCGCCUGGCGCUCUCGGCGCCGCCGCAGGGUGCGCUCCUCGCCAUCCAGCUCAUCUUCAACAUGAUGACGAACAACCCGGCGACUGUCGCCCUCGUCCAUCGCCCCGAGUUUGUGGCCCGCGUCGCAGGCUCCGGCCCGCUCGGGCCCGACUCGGCCGGUGCCGACCCGUUCGACGAGUCCGAAAACGAUCCCGCCAAGACCAACGCCCAGGCCUCGUCUCUGUGGGAGCUGCAGGCUCUCGAGCAUCACUACUCGCCCACCGUCGCACGUUCCGCGCGCGUCUUCCGCACCCUCGAAGAAGAGAAAGCCUACAAGGUCCGCAAGCGCAACCACGCCGCGCGCCAAACCGCAGCCCUCGACUCGGCGCUCAACACCUCGUACGCCACUCUCAUCGCUGUUGAGCUCAAGCAUCGCCCGCGCGUCAAGGUCAAGGGCACAAAGAAGAAGGCGCACGUCGCCGUCGCGCUCUCCCACAUCCGCCCGAGAACCCUCUUCUCCGAUCGCGAGCGCUCCGCCGUCUUUGCGCCCUUUGUCCUCGCCGCCCCUGCCUCGCUCGAGCCGAUUGCCGCCGCCGCCGGAAGCGAUGUCGAGCCCGAGCCGUAA